AUGGGAGGUUCACCUACCGCGGCCCGCGUUGGGCAUUUCGCUAUCCGCCUGCCACCAUAUAUUCGGUCCCACCCCGACUUAUGGUUUCAACAGGCGGAAUCUCAAUUCGCAUUAGGCGGCAUCACUACCCAAUCGACUAGGUACCAUCACAUCUUGUCUGUCCUUUCCGAGGACGUGCUACUCGAGGUCAGCGACGUUAUCAGCUCACCUCCAUUACAAGAUCCCCACGACGCCCUUAAGCGUGCUGUCAUCAGCAGGGUUCUUCCGUCCGAUCGUCAGCGGCUGCACGAGCUCUUCUCAAAGGAACCCUUGGGGGACCGCAAACAUUCACAGCUCGUCAGAUACAUGCAACAAAUCCUGAGAACCGCUGCUUUUGACGACAAGCUCUUUCGUGAGCUCUUCCUCUCAAAACUUCCUCAUGCCGUCCAGCUGGCACUGUCUGUUACGGAAGAGACCGACAUUGCGUCAUUAGCUACCAGAGCGGAUAAGGCAAUGGAGCUGUUCUCCGACUCGUGCUACCCGUCUGCGCUGGCAGCGCUUGAAGGCACACAUUACUUUUCAUCUUCACCAAGCGCCCCUUCCCAGCACCUGCCACAGCACGCAUCCUCUGUGUCAGCAGCGGAAAGCUCUGACCUGGCCUCGCUACGGGAAGAAGUCCGCCGUAUCGCAGACAUACUCGAGCGAUCUGGACCCCAUGACCGCACUUCCUCAGGCCCAGACCGUUCUACUCAACGUCGCCGUGCCGCACGUUCCCCGACUCCUCCCACUUCGCCGCCAACGCGCCGACGCCACCUUUGUUGGUUCCACAGCCGUUUCGGUCGCAGAGCUCGGCGAUGCGAAUCUCCGUGCGCAUGGCAGGGAAACUACGCCGGGGGUUACUAG